UCUGAUUGGUCAGAAUGUCAGCGGCAGGGAAGCGGGUUGAAUGUCUGAAGCUCUGUUUCCUGUCAGAGUCAAACUGCGACUUCUUCUAUUUAACGGUUUAACAACUCAUGCAACUCCUUCGAUUGAGAGCCCGGGGACGGCGUGAAGUACGAGACUCCUCUGAAAAAUCCUUAAUGAAGCGUAGCUCCAGAUUUAAACGCUGUUGUGGCGGAGCGAGCCGUGUUAGCAUAGCAGGGCUAACUCCCAUUGGGAAUCACAGAGAGUUAGCUGUUAGCUGUUAGCUUACUGCCAUCAGGAGUUCCAGCUGCAGCACCGAGAGAGAAACAAGCAUGAAUUUUCCUCCCACCAAGCGCCACCGAGGCUUAAAUCAUGAAGUAGCGACAGCGGCAGCCUUCGAUGACCCGUUUGGAGAUGACGAGGACUUCACCCAAGACGACUUGGAUGAAAUUGACAUCAUCGCCUCGCAGGCCUUUACCUCGGCUUCUGCUGGAACGGGGCUUGGGUCUAAACCAGAAAACAAACCGGCGGAGUCGGCCUGGCAGUCGUGCACAGGGCAGAGCAAACCUCUGAACAGAGCCACAACGAAGCACAGCAGAGAGAACACGUUUGGGUUCAGCAGCAGAGGGAAUGCUGGGAUACCAAGCAGAGAGCCUCUUGUCAACAGGCAGCAGCAGCAGUUUGGGUCGGACAGACAGGAAACCCAUAGUCAGCUCGAGGCCCAGCAUGCCGAGCUGAAGAGGAAGCUGAAGGAGGUUGAGGAUGAAAUAUUUUUGAAGAGUGGGGAGAUCCGUGUACUGCGGGAUUCUCUGAAAGCAGCUCAGCAGGAGAAGGAGACACAGAGACAGAACCAGAUGCUGCAGGAGGCUCACAGGCAGAAGGAGCAGAGUGACAGGGAGAAGGAGCUCAACAAGAAGGUUCAGUCUCUGCAGUGUGAGCUGCAGUUUAAAGAAGCUGAGAUCAAUGAGAUGAAGACCAAGCUGCACAGUUCAGACAGAAACAAGACGGCGUCUCCACUGACAAGAAACAGUCCUAAAGUUCUGAGCUCUCUAGCCCAGUUGCAUCAUGGGACCGGCAGCAGCUCCUCCUCUCCAGCAGGAAAUGGUUUCAUCACCAAGGAGACAUUUGGAGCCCAGCUCCCGACCAGAGUGACGCCAGUGAAAACACCUGUGAAAACAAGGAGAGACGGAGAGAGGACGCCGUCCAACAGCAGAUCUGGUGACAACAGACAUGAAGUUUCUCGCCCCGACCCCUUCUUGUCUGUCAGACCUGCUCAGCUGCAGCACCAAGGUGGCGUCCUGCUGGGGUUGUUACUGCAGCAUCCUCUGUCUCCCAGCAGCCUCAGCCUCUCUCACCUGCUUUCUAUGAGUCUGACAGACAUCAACCCCACAUCCAGCGGGCCGUCUGCAGGUUUUCUGCUCCACUCUGAUGCAGCAGCAGGUGUCAGCGGAGUCGGCACCACCAGAGCUGCUCUGAGUCCGGUCCAGACUCUGGCUGUAACUGGACUCAACAUGCUCAGUCAAAGCCGAACAGCAGCUGAAGGCAGCAGAAACCACAGGUCAUGUCCCGGUGCCGUCCUGCUCCUCCCUCUGCUCGACCUUCACCUGUCUCGACUCUGUCAGACUCUCGACUCGCUCCCUUCCAACUCGACUGGCGGCCGUGGUUCGGACGCUGCAGCUAGCAGCUCCCUCCCAGCAGGCCGUGCUGCUGCCACUGCUGGACUGGGACGACUUGAGGAGGCUGGUUUGUCCGGUUUCAGCGUGGAGGACACUGGUUUGGCUUCUCUGCGACUCCUCUACCUGCUGCUGGCCCACAGUGAUGAGGUGGUGGAGACUGUGUUCUCAAAAGAGAGACAGAGCAGAGUUACAGACGACGAGACAGAGGCAUCUGCUGCAGGCGCGGGUCUGUGCUCCCAGAAGGCCUUGCUUCAGUCAGUGUUGCGUCUGUGUGAAACGGGAGCUGGUGUUGGCGACAGCAGCAGCUCACUGAAGGAGGAGCUUGUCCUCAGCGCCAUGAAGACACUGUGUGUCCUGAUUGAGAGGACGCCAAAGACGCACACUGACAGGUUGCAGUGUGUGUUACAGGUGGUGUGUGCGUGUUUGUCAGCAGACAGCAGGUUGUGGACGAUGACACAGUGCGUGUCCGUCCUCAUGACGAUGUCCGACCACCAGACACUGGCUCAGCAGCUCUGCUCUCAGCACGAUCCCUGUGUUUUCCUCAAGUUAUUCCUUUAUAUCAGAAUCAGACCAGACAACCAGGCAACACAUAGAGACUGGAUUUUGCUGGACCUGCAGGUGGUUCGUUUGUUGAGCAGACUUAUGACUCAGAGAUCUGAGAGCUGGAACACGAACCAGCACAGCAGCUGUCAAUGUGACACGGAGUUGGUUCAGACAGUCGUGAUUGUUUUCCAUCGUCAGUGGCUGGAUCUUCGUGGUUCUCGGGAGCCGACAGACUCAACAGGUCUGCCCUCAACCACGCCGCGUUGCUCCGCCCCCUCCCCCUCGUUGCCGUGGUGGCACAGCCCGGCGGUGUCUCUGCUCAGAGAGUGUUUGCUGCUGCUGCACUGGCUGCUGCUGCAUCACAGAAGCUUCUCAGAGAGCUGCAGGCCGCUGCUGCACAUGUACGACCAGGUGAUCCCUGCCGUGCGAGAGACGCUGAAGAAGAUCCCCGAGCUGAGCGAGAGCGAGG